AAGCUUCCCAUCGACGAUCACGACACUCCUCAAGUUUCAAGCCAAGCAAAGAUAUCCCGUCUGACCAGCAGAGCUUUCUCCGAGCGUAGACCUACCAUAUGGCCUCCACAAGCGUAAAUCAAGCCCCGAGCACUCAUACCGGCCCUGCGCAGAAUGACUACACGACCCCACCACUCAGCAUCGACUUCUACCGCAACUUCCUAGCCCAAUCCGCCGCCCUAACGGAAGAACUCGACCGCCUCGCCACCCACCCCACCGGUCCCGACCGAGCAGACGCCCUCGAACACGCUCAAGCAAGCCUGACCCGUCUCUCCUCCGCCGUCAGAGACGCCACCGCCUCCUUUAUCCCGGCGCGAGACCAGCGGACCUACGCGGACACCCUCAAAUUCCUCUCCACCCGUCUCGCGGAAGCCAAGGCCCCGAGAGCGAAGUUUGCGUUCAAGUCGGGCUCUGGCAAUCGACCUGGUGGUGGGAGAGGUCUUUUGGCCGGGUGGGGCGAGACGAAGAAGAAUGCGAGUGCGAUUAGUCUGGAGGAUGCGGCGGAGUUGGCGCAGCAGAGACGGAGGGGCGCGCCGGGGUAUGUGUCCUCGGGGGAGUCGAGUUGGGCUGGCACGCCGGCGGGGCUGAGGUCGCCGGCGUCGGAGGCUGCGGUUGAGGGGGAGGUGGACGAGCAAGGCGAAACACCUCACGCCGCGCUUUCUUCGACAGCAGACGGUACAGUACAGAGUCCGUCGACCACCAUCACAAUCCCCAAUAAGAGCCACGCCUACAUGAAACCCCCACCAACCCCCUCUAGCACCACAAAUGCCGGCACAGCGACCCUGUCAGACCUCAGCUUCUGCGUCGUAGACCUAUCAUCACACUCCUUCGCCACCCUGACCCUCCUCAACAUCAACCACUGCCUCCUCCUCUGCGGCCACGUAACCGGCGCCGUCCACGCCACCAACAUACAAUCCUCCAAGAUUGUGGUCGCGAGCCAGCAAUUCCGCAUGCACGACAGUAACGCUUGCUCCGUAUACCUCCACACGGCUUCGAGGCCGAUUAUAGAGGGGUGUACGGGGAUUGGAUUUGCGGCGCUGCCGUCUUGGCUGCGGAGCGAGGAUGGUGAUGGUGGAGGGGAGGAAAUGUGGAGGCAGGUGGAUGACUUUAA